GAGAGAGAGGGAGAGAAAGGAGAGGGGAGGUAAGGAGGGCAGGAGAAAAAGACUACGUCUGAGAGCUGUGAGGCAGAAGUGAUGGACUCAGCACUCAGAAAGUGACAUUCUUCUCCUACCGGGCUACAGAGAGCACAGUGACCUCUCACUGUCUCCUGCUUUCUCACUGCCUGUGAGGAAUCUACACAUUAUAUCUAAAAACAAAUGUGGAUUUAAUGUAUUUAGUCUUUUCAAGUGGAUUUUUUCAUCUUUGCUCAAUGCCUUCAGUACAAAGGACAUCUUCCCGACAAGUGCAGCUCCUGAUUCUAUAAUGAAGGUGUUUUAAUAACAGGCUUCAAACCACAGUCCACUUUUAAGUGACAAGACGGAUGCAGGUGACAAAGAACAAGUGAUCUAGAGAGAGGACAGCCCCAAACAGCUUUCACACAGACCGGUGAUGACUUUCUUCAAGGGGACACUUCAAUCAGUGUUGCCAGAACGGCAAGGGAACUGAAGGAAUAACAAGCUAGAGUUGACAAUUAUCUGCCUAAGGUGUGUGUGAGUGAGAGCCCUUCCCAGACUGAUGGAGCUCCCUGCAGUGGUGCUGCUGUUCCUGGUGUAUGGUCUGGUGUCUGGAGCCCAGCAGCCCCAGGGCCAGGGGAACCGCCAGGAGAGCAACCCCCAGGCCAGGAGCCAGGGCAGAACCUCAUCCCAGGAGUUUGAGAGGAGUCAGGAUGGUCUGGAGAGAGAGUUCCUGUAUUCUGGGCGGAGGAGCAGACGGGCCCUCGCCGACUCCCAGCAGCCUGACGGUUGUUCAUACACCUUUAUCGUUCCCCAGCAGAAGGUGACAGGGGCCAUCUGUGUGAACCGCAAGGAGCCGGAAGCAGUGCUGGAGAACCGCGUCAACAAGCAGGAGCUGGAGCUGCUGAACGGGGAGCUGCAGAAGCAGAAGAGGCAGAUCGAGACGCUGCAGCAGCUAGUGGAGGUGGACGGAGGCAUUGUCAACGAGGUCAAGCUGCUGAGGAAGGAGAGCAGGAACAUGAAUUCAAGGGUGACCCAGCUCUACAUGCAGCUUCUUCACGAGAUCAUCAGGAAGAGGGACAACUCCCUGGAGCUGUCCCAGAUGGAGAACCGCAUCCUCAACCAGACCUCUGAGAUGCAACAGCUCACUAACCGCUACAAGGACCUGGAGCACAAGUACCAGCACCUGACCUCUCUGGCCAACAACCAGUCGGUCCUCAUCGCCCUGCUGGAGGAGCAGUGUCAGGGUCAGCCGGUCAGCCUCCCUCGCCCAGUCCCUGUACCCCAGCCCAGGCCUCAGCCCCCACCCGCACCAUCACCACCCAUCAACAAGCCCUACCAACCUCCCACCUACCCACGCCUCACCAACCAGAUAAACAACGAGAUUCAGAGUGACCAGAAGUCUGUGCUGCCUGUCCUUCCUACCAUGCCCAGUGGCACAGGCAGCCCUUCUACCACCAACAAACCCUCUGGGCCAUGGAAGGACUGCCUGCAGGCCCUGGAGGAUGGCCACACGGCUAGUGGCAUGUACCUAGUGAAGCCAGAGAACGCCAACAGGCUGAUGCAGGUGUGGUGUGACCAGAGACAUGACCCUGGUGGCUGGACUGUCAUCCAGAGGAGGCUGGACGGAUCAGUCAACUUCUUCAGGAACUGGGAGACUUAUAAGCAAGGCUUUGGAAACAUAGAUGGAGAGUAUUGGCUGGGCCUGGAGAACAUCUACUGGCUGACCAACCAGGGGAACUACAAGCUGCUGGUGACUCUGGAGGACUGGUCUGGUAGGAAGGUGUUUGCAGAGUAUGCCAGCUUCAGGCUGGAGCCUGAGGCAGACUUCUACAAACUCAGGGUGGGCCGCUACCAUGGCAACGCCGGAGACUCCCUCACCUGGCACAACGGCAAACAGUUUACUACGCUGGACAGAGACCAUGAUGUGUAUACAGGUAACUGUGCCCACUACCAGAAGGGAGGCUGGUGGUACAAUGCAUGUGCCCAUUCUAACCUCAAUGGAGUAUGGUACAGAGGUGGACACUACCGCAGUCGCUACCAAGAUGGAGUCUACUGGGCUGAAUUCAGAGGAGGGGCCUACUCCCUGAAGAAAGUAUCUAUGAUGAUAAGACCGAACCCAAACACCUUUCAUUAAGUAUCCAUUGCAAAACUAUUUCCUUUACACAAACUUAAAUUGAAACAAGCUCUUGAACUCUGAUACAAUGGAACCUCACACAACCAGAUCAAGAGGACGAUGACAUAGAAAGUGCAAAUAUCUAAGCCUUGGAGAAGCAAUAAAGGAGAAGCAGGGUGCAUCAUGUUGCUUCAAAGUCCCUUCGUUAAAAAAAAGAGGGUUUGACCAGAUACAAUGCGUUUUCACAGUAAACAAAUUAGCAACGGCUUCUCAGCACGCUGAUAGGGAAAAGCAUUCAACAUGUAUGGCACUUACACAAAUGUUUGAUGAUUGGCUGAGAGAAAAUGAUAAUAAAAAGAUUGUGGGGGCUGUUUUGCUAGACUUCAGUGCAGCUCCUGACAUUAUCGAUCAUAAUCUGCUGCUGGAUAAACACACUACCGUUCAAAAGUUUGGGGUCACUUAGAAAUGUCCUUGUUUUCCAUGAAAACAUACAGGAAAUGAGUUGCAAAAUGAAUAGGAAAUAUAGUCAAGACGUGGACAAGGUUAUAAAUAUAGAUUUUUAAUUUAAAUAGUAAUUGUGCCAAAGAAUCCUCAAUUUGCAACAAUUACAGCCUUACAGACAUUUGGCAUUCUAGUUGUCAAUUUGUUGAGGUAAUCUGAAGAGAUUUCACCCAAUGCUUCGUGAAGUACCUCCCACAAGUUGGAUUGGCUUGAUGGGCACUUUUUACAUACAAUAUGGUCAAGCUGCUCCCACAAGAGCGCAAUAGGGUUGAGAUCUGUUGACAGUGCUGGCCACUCCAUUAUAGACAGAAUACCAGCUGACCUCUUCUUCCCUAAAUAGUUCUUGCAUAGUUUGGAGCUGUGCUUUGGGUCAUUGUCCUGUUUUAGGAGGAAAUUGGCUCCAAUUAAGCGCCGUCCACAGUGUAUGGCGGUGCGAAAUGGAGUGAUAGCCUUCCCUCUUCAAGGUCCCUAUUACCCUGUACAAAGCUCCCAAUUUACCACCAAAGCACCCCCAGACCAUCACAUUAUCUCCACCAUGAUUGACAGAUGCUGUCAAGCACUCCUCCAGCAUAUAUUCAUUUUUUCUGCAUCUCACGAAUGUUCUUACUUGUGAUCCGAACACCUCAAACUUAGAUCUUCCUGUGCCCAGUGUCUGUGUUCUUUUGCCCAUCUAAUUAUUUUAUUUUUAUUGGCCAGUCUGAGAUAUGGCUUUUUCUUUGCAACUCUGCCUAGAAGGCCAGCAUCCCGGAGUCGCCUCUUCACUGUUGACGUUGAGACUGGUGUUUUGAGGGUCCUAUUUAAUGAAGCUGCCAGUUGAGGACUUGUCUGUUUCUCAAACUAGACCCUGUAAUGUACCUCCCACUCCUCUUUCUAUUCUGGUUAGAGCUAGUUUGCACUGUUCUCUGAAGGGAAUAGUACACAGAGUUGGUAUGAGAUCUUCAGUUUCUUGGAAAUGUCUUGCAUGGAAUAGCCUUCAUUUAUCAGAACAACAAUAGACUGAUGUCUUUCAGCAGAAAGUUCUUUGUUUCUGGCCCUUUUGAGCCUGUACUUGUUGCAGGAAUUAAAUUCCUCUAUGUUUUAACACCCAAUUAAAAUUAAACACUGUCAAUUCUUAAGGAUAUGUAUGACCCUUAUUAGUAUAAAAAUGGACAGAGCCCAGUCUUAAAGUCAAACAGCAGCCUUUAUUCAUGAGAGUACUGCUCCUUACACAUUUUACCACAGGUUAUAAACUUAAAAUGACGUCAUUAGUUUCAGUACCAACCCGUGCCAUCUCCGCUCUAGUACAAAGGCUGUAUGGUUCUCACAUCGUCUCUCCCUAUUAAGAUGAUAUAUGACUUGAGCUUAGGACAGCUGGUGUAGAUAAGCCUUCUAGCCAGUCUGGCUAUGAGUUCAUUCAUUUCUACCAUGGUACAGACCGUCAUUGUUCUAAUUCUUGAUUAUAUUUGCACACAUUAUAUUCAGUACUAAGAUUAAAAAGAAAAUUCAUACAUGUACAGUAACAUAAUAGUAUUCUGAUUAGUACAUAUACAGUAACAUAAUAGUAUUCUGAUUAGUCAGUCCUGAUUGAAAUGUAUACAUAAUUAGUCAUCAUUGAUAAAAAAAUUCCCUUAACAGUACUCAAACCCACAAAUGCUGAUGCUACAGACACUCAACUAGUCUAAAGAAGGCCAGUUUUAUUGCUUCUUUAAUCAUCACAACAGUUUUCAGCUGUGCUAACAUAAUUGUAAAAGGGUUUUCUAAUGAUCAAUUAAACUUUUAAAAUUAUAAACUUGGAUUAGCUAACACAACGUGUCAUUGGAACACAGGAGUGAUGGUUGCUGAUAAUGGGCCUCUGUAUGCCAAUGUAGAUAUUCCAUUAAAUUCAGGCGUUUCCAGCUACAAUAGUCAUUUACAACAUUAACAAUGUCUACACUGUAUUUCUGAUCAAUAAUUUGAUGUUAUUUUAAUGUACCAAAAAUGUGCUUUUCUUUCAAAAACAAGGACAUUUCUAAGUGACCCCAAACAUUUGAAUGGUAGUGUUUGUGUUAUGGCUUUACAUCCCCUGGUAUAUUGUGGAUCAAGAGUUACCUGUCUAACAAAACACAGAGGGUGUUCUUUAAUGGAAACUUCGGCAACAUAAUCCAGGUAUAGUCAGGCAUUCCCCAGGGCAGUUAUCUAGGCCCCUUACUUUUUUCAAUCUUUACUAAUGACCUGCCACUGGCUCUGAGUAAAGCCUGUGUUUCAAUGUAUGCUGAUGACUCAACACUAUACACUUCAAUAGCAAGUGAAAUAACUGUAACACUUAAAGAGCUGCAGUCAGUUUCAGAAUGGGUGGCAAGAAAUAAGUUAGUCCUGAAUAUUUCAAAAACUAAAAGCAUUGUAUUUGGGACAAAUCAUUCACUAUACCCUAAGACUCAACUAAAUAUUGUAAUGAAUAAUGUGCAAAUUAAGCAAGUUGAGACAACUGUUUGGAGUGAUCCUGGAUUGUAAACUAUCAGGGUCAAAACAUAGAUGCAACAGUAGCUAAGAUGGGUUAAGUCUGUGCAUAAUAAAGUGCUGUUCUGUCUUGUCAACAAUGCUAUUAACAAGGCAGGUCCUAUAGGCCCUAGUUUUGUAGGAUCUGGACUACUGUCCAGUCUUGUGGUCAGGUGCCACGCGACUGGACUGAACAAGCCCAGAACAGGACAGCACGGCUGGCUCUUAAAUGUACACGGAGAGCUAACAUUAAUAUGUCAAUAUCUCCUGGCUCAAAAUAUACGAGAUUGACUUUAUCACUGCUUGUAUUUGUGAGACAUAUUUACAUGUUGAAUGCACAGACACCCAUGCAUACCCCAUAAGAUAUGUCACCAGAGGUCUCUUCACAGUCCCCAAGUCUAGAACAGACUAUACAUAUUCCACAUCAAGUAACUCAUGCAAGCAGUUAAAUCAGAUUGAAAACCCCCAGAUAAAAACACACCUUAUGGAACAACAGGGACUGUGAAGAGGCACACACACACAUGAUAACGUACGCACUAUACACACACGUACACAUGGGUUUUCUGUUGUAGAUAUGUGGUAGUAGAAUAGUGGCCUGGGGACACACAUUUAAUGUGUUGUGAAAUCUGUUGUGAAUUGGAAUGUUAUGUUUUUAAUUGUAUAUAACUGCCUUAAUUUUGCUGGGCCCCAGGAAAGAGUAGCUGCUGCUAAUGGGGAUCCAUAUUAAAAACAAAUGUUGCUCCAAAGACAAACAUAUGCACUAGCACAGCUCUCCCUUCAAAUUCUAUUAAAAUGUGUCUGUUAACUUUACACUGAGUAAGGUGUACUGCUGCCUUAGAACUAAUGGAACGGCGUGAUUCAGUUGGGAUAAAACAAAGAUAAAAAUAAAAUGAGGAGAGAGUCCGUCAGUUCACAGUACUUACACAAAGUAGCUUGGGAUUGCAAUCUUAUAUUGAAGUCCGUAUGUAUUAUAAUGCAAUAGAUAUUUUUAGUAGAAUGAAGAUGACACAGGACAUUAUAUCCAGUGACUAGCCUUAUUUUGUUUAAAGCAAGCUCUUCAGGUGAGUCAUUUAUAGGAAACAAUAAUCACAUUUCUUGGUACAGGUACCUGCAAUUCAUUCACCAUUAGCCAUCAUCUUUGUUAAGACAUACAAUCUAACAUCCGUCUACCACGGAUGUUGAAGGAGGCACAGAUACAAUAGUCUGGUACUGUCAACAAUCAUCACCUGAUAUCUGUCUUACAAACUCACAGUAAACAAUGAUGUAUAUCAUUCAACUAUGCAUAAUGCUUGUGUGGCACAGUAGUCCAAGGUACAGGGUCCAGUAAAACCGAAGUACAGUCGUGGCCAAAAGUUUUGAGAAUGACACAAAUAUUAAUUUUCACAAAGUAUGCUGCCUCAGAUUGUAUGAUGGCAAUUAGCAUAUGCUCCAGAAUGUUAUGAAGAGUGAUCAGAUGAAUUGCAAUUAAUUGCAAAGUCCCUCUUUGCCAUGCAAGUGAACUGAAUCCUCCAACAAACAUUUCCACUGCAUUUCAACCCUGCCUCAAAAGGACCAGCUGACAUCAUGUCAGUGAUUCUCUCGUUAACACAGGUGUGAGUGCUGACGAGGACAAUGCUGGAGAUCACUCUGUCAUGCUGACUGAGUUCGAAUAACAGACUGGAAGCUUCAAAAGGAGGGUGGUGCUUGGAAUCAUUGUUCUUCCUCUGUCAACCAUGGUUACCUGCAAGGAAACACAUGCCGUCAUCAUUGCUUUGCACAAAAAGGGCUUCACAGGCAAGGAUAUUGCUGCCAGUAAGAUUGCACCUAAAUCAACAAUUUAUCGGAUCAUCAAGAACUUCAAGGAGAGUGGUUCAAUUGUUGUGAAGGCGGCUUCAGGGCACCCAAGAAAGUCCAGCAAGCGCCAGAACCGUCUCCUAAAGUUGAUUCAGCUGCGGGAUUGGAGCACCACCAGUACAGAGCUUGCUCAGGAAUGGCAGCAGGCAGGUGUGAGUGCAUCUGCACGCACAGUGAGGCGAUGACUUUUGGAGGAUGGCCUGGUGUCAAGAAGGGCAGCAAAGUAGCUACUUCUCUCCAGGAAAAACAUCAGGGACAGACUGAUAUUCUGCAAAAGGUACAGGGAUUGGACUGCUGAGGACUGGGGUAAAGUCAUUUUCUCUGAUGAAUCCCCUUUCCAAUUGUUCGGGGCAUCCGGACAAAAGCUUGUCUGGAGAAGACAAGGUGAGCGCUCCCAUCAGUCCUGUGUCAUGCCAACAGUAAAGUAUUCUGAGACCAUUCAUGUGUGGGGUUGCUUCUCAGCCAAGGGAGUGGGCUCACUCACAAUUUUGCCUAAGAACACAGCCAUGAAUAAAGAAUGGUACCAACACAUCCUCAGAGAGCAACUUCUCCCAACCAACCAGGAACAGUUUGGUGACAAACAGUGUCUUUUCCAGCAUGAUGGAGAACCUUGCCACAAGGCAAAAGUGAUAACUAAGUGGCUCGGGGAACAAAACAUCGAUAUUUUGGGUCCAUGGCCAGGAAACUCUCCAGACCUUAAUCCCAUUGAGAACUUGUGGUCAAUCCUCAAGAGGCGGGUGGACAAACAAAACCCCACAAAUUCUGACAAACUCCAAGCAUUGAUUAUGCAAGAAUGGGCUGCCAUCAGUCAGGAUGUGGCCCAGAAGUUAAUCGACAGCAUGCCAGGGUAGAUUGCAGAGGUCUUGAAAAAGAAGGGUCAACACUGCAAAUAUCGACUCUUGCAUUGCAUCAACUUCAUGCAAAUGUCAAUAAAAGCCUUUGAUACUUAUGAAAUGGUUGUAAUUAUACUUCGGUAUUGCAUAGUAACAUCUGACAAAAAUAUCUAAAGACACUGAAGCAGCAAACUUUGUGAAAAUGAAUGUUUGUGUCAUUCUCAAAACUGUUGGCUAUGACUAUACAAUGACAACUGACUUGAUCAUAAGUCUAGAUGGUAGAGUGAUAUUUUAUCAAAUAUAAAGGUUACAUGUCAUAUUUCAAUAUUGCUUUCUGACAUGAAAACUGAAUUUAGCUUGCAACCAAGGAACAAUGUAUGUACUGUAUGAAUGUAUUGUUGGUGUAAAAUGACUCAACACAUUUUGUCUGUACAUAAAAUAUCAUUUGUAAUAUAAUGUAACAAAGCUAACAUAUCACCAUACAGUUGCAAUAAACGAUGUGCAGCUUC